AUGACUCGUUUGCAUCGAGUCUCAAUAUACUCCUCCAUCCUUAUUUCGAUCUAUCUACUGGUGUUAUUUGAGGUCCUGCCCAUACCACUCGUUGACGCCAGUGUAGCCCAAGAUAUCCUUCCUGUCGUUCCGUGGUGGCUUUUGGUGUCAUUUGGGUCGUAUUCCCUCUGGAGUCUCGGUUGGGGGGUGUUUACAUUCCGUGACUGUCCCGAUGCCUAUCACGAGUUGCUGCAGGAAAUCAAUGAAGCCAAAAACGAUCUCCGAAGUCGGGCUGUCACCGUCGACUGA